CUUAUGUGUACUAUCACAUUACAAGCGGGAAAAGUAAUAAAUGGGAAUAUGUGUUUAUAUUGUAAAUAUGAUAAAAAAUUAAAUAAAAUUAAUUAAAAAUUAUAUUAAUAUAAAUUAUAAUAAUUUUCAAGUGUAAAUAUGGCUACAAAUGAUGUAGAAAUGAAUAAGGAAAAGAAUAAUUUCUUAGCUGCGUAUCAUAUUUUAAAAUUUUCAAAAAAUAAUAAAGAUGAUACGGAAAUUGUAGACAUAGAAAGAAGAUGUUUUGCUAUGAAAUAUUUAACAGCAAGACAAUACGAAUCAGAAGAUAUGGCAGCUUGUUUACUUCAAAGAAGCUUAGAAGAUUAUCAAGAUUUAAUGGAAAAUAAAAAUGGUAUAAAUAAUUAUUGGAAACAAUUUAAAUUACAAACAUCAAAAAUCAAUAAUAAUCCUCAAAAAUGGAAAUCAGGUUUGUAUGAUAUAGAUACAGCAUUAAGUUUUAUAAGACCUUUAUCUUGUCAAGACAAUGCAAAGAAUACUUUGUCAUGUCAUGGAAGAUUAUUUAAUAAUAGACAUAUAGAAAAUAUUAUAAAUACAUGGAAAAAUAAAGAAAUUGUAAUACGAAACAGAAAAGUUAGUAUUCCAACAAAACAAAAUUUUAGUCAAUCUUUAAAUACAAAUUCUAAGGGAAAAAUUGAAAAUAAUAUGUAUUUUGAAGAACAGAAGUCUUCAUUUUCAUCCAAUAAUUCUGUAGAUGAAAAUAUUAGUGCACAAAUAAGUUUUAAUAAACAAUCUAAAUUUCAUUCUAUAAAUCAAAAAAAUCAGAAUUAUGUCCAGCAAAGAUCUAUUAAGUAUGAGCCUGAAUCACAUUUUAAAUUUGAAAAAGAAGAUUCAUCUAAAACAUAUAAAAAUAAUCAUGAAUCAUUGAAUUUUUAUAGAAAUCAUAUGAAAUCAAAGUCACAAAUGUCUGUUCAACAUAAUGAAGAAGAUUUUAAUAUUGCAAAACCUAAAAUAAACUUUUUCAAAACGGCUAGAGAUGAACUAAAUGUGCAAAUGAAAACUAAUAAAUCAAUGCAAAAAAAAACUUUAGGUGGAAAAGUAUCAGUUAAUUCUCAAUUUGUUUGUCCUUUUAAGCGAGAAAAAGAAAAAAUUCUGGAAAACAUGUACAAUAAUGAAAUUGACACAAUGGAAGUAGAAGAUGAAAGGUUAAAAAAUGUAGAACCAAAAAUGGUUGAACUAAUAAAGAAUGAGAUAAUGGAUUCAAAGACAACUAUUUGUUGGGAUGAUAUAGCUGGUUUAGAAUAUGCCAAAAAAAUCAUAAAAGAAGUAGUUGUAUAUCCUAUGUUAAGACCUGAUAUUUUUACUGGUUUACGAAGGCCUCCAAAGGGAAUUUUAUUGUUUGGUCCUCCAGGUACAGGAAAAACACUUAUAGGAAAAUGUAUAGCAUCACAAAGUAAAUCAACUUUUUUUUCAAUAUCUGCUAGCUCUUUAACAUCAAAAUGGAUAGGAGAAGGAGAAAAAAUGGUUAGAGCGUUAUUUGCUGUUGCUAGAGUUUAUCAGCCAUCAGUAAUUUUUGUGGAUGAAAUAGAUUCAUUGCUUACUCAAAGAUCUGAAACCGAACACGAAAGUUCUAGAAGAUUAAAAACUGAGUUCUUAGUACAAUUGGAUGGAGCUGCUACUGCUGAUGAAGACCGCAUUUUAAUUGUAGGAGCAACAAAUAGACCACAUGAAUUAGAUGAGGCAGCACGUAGACGACUCGUUAAAAGACUCUAUGUUCCUCUACCAGAAUUUCAAGCUCGUAAACAAAUUAUAAAUAAUUUAUUAAUAACUAUUUCACAUAAUCUUAAUGAAGAAGAUAUAAAUAAUAUAGCUGAACAAUCAAAAGGAUAUUCUGGAGCUGAUAUGUCAAAUUUAUGUAAAGAAGCUAGCAUGGGACCAAUUAGAAGCAUUCCAUUUAGUCAAUUAGAAAAUAUAAAAAAAGAAGAUGUCAGGCAGGUAACAAUUGAUGAUUUCAAGGAAGCCUUAAUACAUGUUCGUUCUAGUGUAUCAGAAUCAAGUCUAACAACUUAUGUUGAAUGGGACGCUAUAUAUGGAACUGGGACAGCACUAAAUUACAAAACAUAAUUCAUGUUUUUAUCAAAAUUAAUAUCAAAAUAUAUUUUUGUAUCAGAAAUUUUUUUAACAAAAAUACUUAUUAAAGAUAUUAAUACAAUCAAUAACUUUCCAAUUUUUCAAUAAAGAACUU